UAGCAAGAUUUCCUCGACGAGUUUGCUUUUUUCGCAAGUUCACCAGCGUGCAUUACUCUCAUCAGUAAAGGGUACAGUCCACCCAGCAGCACCUCCAGGCUCUGCAUGCACAGUACCCGCACAUGGCUCAUGCCACCCAGUACAUGGAGGGGCCCCCAGUGGAACAGGCUGUGAGGGAGACCUCUGUCCCACAUCAGGAGACUGUGGCCCAGGAACAGCCUGCCGCACCACAAAAAGCCCCAGCCAAAGGGAAGAGAGGCAGACCGCCUAGCAAAGAGCCUAAAGCCAAACCUGGGCCCAAACCCAAGAAGGCGAAGGAGUCUGCAGAUGGCACAGUAAUAGAUGGCAAACAGGAGAAGAUAGAUGAAGCCUUUAAGAAGGUGAAGAGGAAAGUCGAUCGUUUUAAAGGCAUGACUGAGGAAGAGGUCAUGACCAAGACCCUGCCCGACAUCCUUACCUACAACCUGGACUACGUCAUUAUUGGAAUUAAUCCAGGACUGAUGGCAGCUUACAUUGGCAGGUGGUUUCCUGGGCCUGGAAACCAUUUCUGGAAAUGUCUGUUCCUGUCUGGUUUCACCAGUGAGCUACUAAAUCAUAUGCACGACCAGAGCCUGCCGGAGAAGUAUGGCAUUGGCUUCACCAACAUGGUGGCAAGAACCACACCGGGAAGCAAAGAUCUCUCAAGUAAAGAGCUGAGGGAAGGUGGCAAAAUCCUCGUUGAGAAGAUAAAGAAAUACAAGCCGCUCAUAGCAGUUUUCAAUGGGAAAUGUAUAUAUGAGAUGUUCUGCAGAGAGAUCUUUGGGAAAAAGCCAAAGACUCUCGAAUUUGGCUUGCAGCCACACAAGAUCCCAGAUUCUGACACGGCCUUAUACCUGAUGCCUUCCUCAAGCGCUCGAUGUGCGCAGUUCCCCCGCGCCCAGGACAAAGUGCACUUCUACAUCAAACUAAGAGAACUCAGGGACCAGCUGAAGGGUGCUGCCAGACCUAAAGAGGUGGAGGAGGUCAGCUACACCUUCGACCUUGGCUUGGCCAAAGAGGAUGCAAAGAGAAUGGCUAUAAAGGAGGAGAUGUAUGACCCUGGUUAUGAAGCGGCGUACGGAGGAGCAUACGCAGAGCCUGGGCCUGAAACAGGCCCCACCAACGGACACUGUGACUUCUCCAAGUCUGAGCACACCGGGACGACCGGAAAGGCAUCCUCAGCCACCGGCCCAGUGGGCCAGGUCCCCGAUGGCCAGUGGAUGACCGAGUCCUUCACCGAUCAAAUCCCAGACAUAGGGGGCCCCUCCCAAACCCGGGCAGGGUCGGAGGCCGUAUGAGGGAGCGCCUGGAGCCGCAUCAUCAGGGCCUAUGGGAACAGUCUGGUGCCACGGACGUGGUCCGACUGACUAGACUGGCUCUUAAGACCUGGCCACAGGCCUAUGUGGGCGGCUUUCGGCAGGCUGUUACAGUGAGACAUCAGACUAGACUGUGUUAGUAAUCGACCUGAGCUAGAGAAGGAGAUGGAGGGUGAGACGGUAGCCUGUAAGCACUGAAGGAUUCAACUCCGACACUGGGAAACGACUUCCUCCCACUUAUCCUCAAGACAGUGAACCUCAGUCCACCAGCUAGUUCUCCUUAAAACUCAUCAUGCAUUUUUCCUCCCUGACAAAAAGAGGGAGUUUUAAAUACUAUCUCAACUAUGAAUUUAAAGUAGAAAUAUUAGAAAGUAGUCAUUUCUAUCAAUGGUUUUAGAGGCCAAGCAAAGUCUUUUUUAUCUUCCAAGAUUAUA